UAUGCGCAGGUUUGCCAACCGCCAAAGGUCUACAAGAAGAAGAGAAAGAGCAGAAACAACAUUUCAAGAUGUCGUCGCUGAAUGACAGAUCAGUUUGGGAUGAGGUGGAGGAUGGCAUCGGCGAAGAAGUCCUUAAGAUGUCCACUGAAGAGAUUGUUCAGAGGACUCGUCUUUUGGACAGUGAGAUUAAGAUCAUGAAGAGUGAGGUUCUGCGUGUCACUCAUGAGCUGCAAGCCAUGAAAGACAAGAUCAAGGAAAACACAGAGAAAAUCAAAGUGAACAAGACUCUGCCCUACCUCGUCUCCAACGUCAUAGAGCUGCUAGAUGUAGAUCCUAAUGACCAAGAGGAGGAUGGAGCCAAUAUUGAUCUGGACUCGCAGAGGAAGGGCAAGUGUGCCGUCAUCAAAACCUCCACACGACAGACCUAUUUCCUGCCUGUGAUUGGUUUGGUGGAUGCUGAGAAACUGAAACCUGGUGAUCUUGUGGGUGUGAAUAAAGACUCUUACCUGAUUUUGGAGACUCUACCCACUGAGUAUGACUCCAGAGUUAAGGCCAUGGAAGUGGAUGAGAGACCUACAGAGCAGUACAGUGACAUUGGUGGCCUUGACAAACAGAUUCAAGAGCUGGUGGAGGCAAUUGUUCUGCCCAUGAACCACAAAGAGAAGUUUGAGAAUCUGGGGAUCCAACCACCAAAGGGAGUUCUGAUGUACGGACCACCAGGCACAGGAAAGACCCUGCUGGCCAGAGCCUGCGCAGCCCAAACCAAGGCAACAUUUUUGAAGUUGGCUGGCCCUCAGCUGGUGCAGAUGUUUAUUGGUGAUGGUGCCAAACUGGUACGUGAUGCAUUUGCUCUUGCCAAGGAGAAAGCUCCCUCCAUCAUCUUCAUUGAUGAGCUGGACGCUAUCGGCACCAAGCGCUUUGACAGUGAGAAGGCUGGAGACAGAGAGGUGCAGAGGACCAUGCUGGAGCUACUCAAUCAGUUAGACGGCUUCCAGCCCAACAUGCAAGUGAAGGUGAUUGCUGCCACUAACAGGGUGGACAUCCUUGACCCGGCUCUGCUGCGUUCAGGUCGUCUGGAUCGCAAGAUUGAGUUCCCAAUGCCCAACGAGGAAGCUCGUGCUCGCAUUAUGCAGAUCCAUUCACGCAAGAUGAAUGUCUGCCCUGAUGUGAACUAUGAAGAAUUGGCACGCUGUACUGAUGAUUUCAAUGGAGCUCAAUGUAAAGCUGUUUGUGUUGAAGCUGGCAUGAUUGCUCUGCGCCGUGGGGCCACUGAACUUAACCAUGAGGACUAUAUGGAGGGCAUUCUGGAGGUGCAAGCGAAGAAGAAAGCCAAUCUGCAGUACUAUGCUUAACCCAGUAGAGGACUGUGUGUGUGUGUGUGUGUGUGGGAGAGUGAAAGUGGUCCAACUGCAGGAUCAGGUACACCUGUAAACCAGUGCUACUGGGAUCCAUUACUGUUCUGAGUAAUUACCUGGUUCUGUUGGAGACGGAUCAACCGAAAUCAGGUUGGACUGCCUCACAGUGAUGACUUAUGGAAUAUUUUUCAGUUAACCUUUGUUUCUUUCAGUUCAUUAAAACACAAACCUUUUUUCCA